AUGGGGCGUACCGUGUUCGUCACCUUCCUGUUCCUGAUCGCCUUCUGCAGCACCAUCGUCCUCAGCGACAUCCUCGUCAGCCGCGUCUGCUUCGCCUUCAUCUUCAUCACCUGCCAAGGGCAAAGCUUCUUGCAAGCCUUGGCUCAGUGCAGCAAUUUGGUCCGGUGUGAGGCGCACGUGGCAGUCCUCAAUCAUCUAUCACGGGACGAUCCAGAGCUAGCGGUGUUGGGCAACGAGCGUGUGAGUGAGCCCAGUGCAGCUGUACGGGGAUGGUCCGACGUACACUUCCAUCGCGCCCCGUUGGUGGAUCGAUUCGAGACCCUACGCGGCUGCCAGGCAAGACCGGGCAGCAUGGCCGCAUUUGUUGCGCAGCGAUACAGUCCUGGGCCCGAGUUAGCCUCGGACACAAGCGGCAUACCCAUACCCUGCCUUGUGCAUCUGGCCCAGUCCUCAAUGUGGCAGGCUGGCCAGCUUCAGCUUUCUGCUGAUGCCAGUGAGCUUCGAGUUGCCAUUUUCGAACAUCCCAAUGGCGCCACGCUGCAGCUGUAUGACGAUCCCCAGGACGCCCAACUCGACUCAUUUCCGUUUUUUGCUGGCGCCUUGCGUUUGCCGGCGGCUGCCUGGCUCAUCCGACGGGUGGCAAAGCGUUUGAAAAAAUCGUGUUUUCUUCUCCACAACGCCACAACAGCCCACGAGUACACAGUCACGAUUGCCCGGUUCAAUCCCAAUGCUGCCUUGCUCGUGACGCAUGAUCAGUACGCCGCUGAACUGGCCACUUGCUGCCCGGCUGUCGGAAAUGGCAACUAUGUUUUUGCGGACCAGGAUCAAGUUAAGCUUAGCGCUCCGGCGGACGCUGGGCGGGCCACCAUCGAAGCCAUCUAUGCUACUGUAAAUGAAGUGGACACCUGGCGGGAUAGUGGCUACGUGCAGCUGACGCAUGUACAAUUUCAGGUGUUACGUGCCAUGCGCCACCAGCUUUCCAAGCGCAGCGAUGGCCCUGACACCAGCUCGCGUGGUUCCACGCCAACCUCACCAUCACACACCUCAGCACUUGGUGGUGUAGCUAACGAAAAGCAUCCGUAUGACAGCAUGUCGGCUGUGCGUCGGCCUUCAGCACCUCCCUCGUCAGACCUUGUCGUGGACGAGCAUGGCUAUGUACGCCUUCGGGAUCCGACUGGCGAUGGCCUUGGACAGCCGAUGGCCGACCCCGUCAGUCUCGACGCGGCAGAGAAGGAUGAGGAUGGAUAUGUCAAGCUCGUACAGCCUGGCGGCGUUGUCGUUCAACACGCUCUCAAUGGCGGCUAUGAUAAUGUCGAUGAAUUGCUUGGGUCCGACCAACGACCAGGUUGCCAUGCACGCAGUUUCGUUUCACACGUGCAUUCAUCAACGUCGCCGUAUGCUACCAUUGGCAGCGAGUCUACAGCGGUAAAUCAGGUGCGCGCUGUUAGUCUCGAGAGCCUGCCACGCGCUGUAACUGCAUCCCCCACCUACGAGACCGUGGCCAGCCGCCCUGCAGCGCGAACACCGCUGCAUACGUCGACCGAAUCCUUGCAAGCUUUGCGAUCACUUCGUUCCAGCCGGCCUGGAAGCAGCUUGGCUGCUCAUAGCGAACCUGAUUUGUCUUCUUCGGCUAAUGCAUCGCCGCUCAUGGGCCGUGCCCUGCGUGGGGUUUGUGCCCAACCAAAUCGUUCUCCUAUUUUGCCGCAACGCAAGCUUCCUGGCAGCGCCACACGCCUGCUCAUCCCCAAUCCUAGCAGGUCCACUGAGUGGCAGCGUGGUCACCGGCGUGCACAUUCCGACAGUGACAGCUUGGUGGGCAGCCCCAGAAAUGAUGCCUUGCGACAGCUCGCUCACCUUGCCGGCCACGAUCAUUCGAAAACAAUGGCGUCCAGCACCUCAGAGCAAGGGCUGGCUCGACGAAAUGUACCGGCAAGCGAGCGUCCAGUCCAGCGCACUCAGCAGUCCCCUGCGCCGGCCCCUCAGCCUUUGGAUGCCGCUGCACGCUCUGAGAGCACCGAGAAGCUUACGCGACAGGCCAUCGCAAAGCAUGCGUCGAGUCCACGCAGCUCGCCUCCUCAUAGCCAGCAGGAGUUCCGACCAGAACCACGGCACCACUCGGUGCACGGGACAGUAUCCAACCCCACAUUGCCUGCUAGUGCCCACCCACGCACCCGGUCAACCCAUGAACGCCUGAACCAUUUUGGUAAACCCAUGGUGCGGCAACUCUCGCAAACGCUUUCCACACCGGACGCAGCAGAAGACCGCCCCAGUCGCACGGCGUUCAACGUGGGCCAGCUCCAGCACUUGGCGCGACUGCCGCGCCUGUAUAUCCAUCAAUUCUCGCACGUUUACACGGACCAUCCGCAGGGACUUGGGGCCGUGUUGAGUACACCACAAGGCUUGACAACGGUGGUUCUUCCAUCCACAAAGAAUUCCAAGCCUUGCUUUUGCGUUGCUGAUGCAUCAGACA